UCGAGGGUCGAGGGUCGACGCGCGGCUCAAGAAUCAAUCCAAGAACACAUCGGCCAAAACUUCAAAAGGAGUUGUGCCCUUCGCAAGUAUAUAUCGUGGUGUUACAAACUUACAUGUAUAACAGUGGUAAAAAAAAAAAAAAAAAAAAAAAAAAAAAAAAAAAAAACGCUACAACAAACGCGGUGUUGUGUGCAACGUCGAUAUUGUAGUCCUUCUGCUCAGAGUGAGGGAGCGCCCCCAUAUAUCCAUCAGCCAUGUCGCCGACGUCGUCGACGAGGCGGCUACCUUAGGCUGGGUAAAGGUGCUCUACAUAGGAAGCAGAGUCUAGCCUGGAAGAAGGAAUCGAUGUAGGAAUAAUGCUUCAUUGGAAAUAAUCGAUGUACUAGCCCAUCAUGUCAAGUGACGAAGAAAUGAUGAGGCCCUCCAAGAGGCCAAAGCCAAAAAUUGUAUCAGAUGAUAGUGACAGUAGUGAUGAUUCUUCCAUCAACACAACCUGUGUAAAAAAGAAAGUGGGUAGAAUCAUUAGUGAAGAAGAUUCCAUAGAUGAGGACAGUGAUGUUCCAUUACGCCCAGUACAGAGGAAACAGAAAAAGAAAUUAGACAUUGAAGAUGAGUCUAGCUAUGAUAGCAGUUCAUCCAUGGAUGUCGAUGGAGAAACCUCAGAUGAGUGGCAGUCUGACUGGGAGAGCAUGGAUGAAGAUAUCCCAGAAGAAGCUGGUGCUGCAGCGUGUGCUAAGCCUAAGUGCAAGAAAACACCAAGCAAAAAACAACCCGAUAGUUCCUCAGAGUCUAGUGACGGUGAGUCGGAUAAAUGCCCGAUCUGUCUGCACUCCUUUCGCAAGCAGGAGAUCGGCAAUCCGGCAGUUUGCGAUCACUGCUUCUGUAUCGAUUGUAUCAUUGAAUGGAGCAAAAACGUCAAUACCUGUCCUGUUGAUCGGCAGAGCUUUGAUGUUAUAAAUGUCAGAACUAAAGUUGGCGGCAAGAUCAUAAGAUAUGUUCCAGUGGAGGUAAGACCUUCGACAGAAAACGUGGUGCAAGAGGAUCCAACGUUCUGUGAAGUCUGCGAGCAGUGCGAUCGUGAGGAUAGAAUGCUUUUGUGCGAUGGCUGUGACUUGGGCUAUCACCUUGAGUGUCUGGACCCACCACUGGAAGAAGUCCCAGUGGAAGAGAGUUGGUACUGCCCUGAGUGCUCGCGACACGACACGAACGAAGCUGAGGAUAUCGAAAUCGACGCAGACGAGCUGCCAGACAUAAUGGAAGAAGCACGUCGUCUCGGUCAUGCGUUCGGCCGCUCGCAGGUUUACCAAGCCGCCCUCGAAAACGGCGUCGCCGCCGCUGUUAACAGCAGACCCCGUCGCCGUACUGCAAACCUGCUGCCGCGCACGAGACAAGCGGAGCGUAUCCGCGCGAACGUGCGGGCCGUGCGGAUGACGCGUCGCGCCGCUCAGCUGUCCGGAUUUAUCGUGUCGUCCGAUGAUGACGCGAGAGAUGCGUCGCCGAGGCCCGGGCCCUCGACCUCGGGCACAAGCAGUAGUGUAUCACGUAGCCGUCGUCGCGUCGCGAAAACAACGACGCGCAAAAAAAGAAAGAGGAAGACCAAAAGGAAAAAGAAGACCAGCAGGCCCAAAAGGAGCCAGUUGAGGGAAGUGACAGUUUCUGAAAUGAAUUCGGAUGGAGAAGUGGUGACGUGUAUCAAGACUAUACCGUCGACCAGUGGCGCUGCGCCCUCGAGGAGAAGGAAGAAGCGCAAGAAGCCCAAGAAACGUCGUGCUCGCACCGUAGCCUCAGUCGCCGCAUCCAUUAAAACCGCCAAGCGUCGUAUAGCAUCUCAACUUCGAACCCUAAACAAGAGCAAACCAAGUCUUGGUAGCGGAGGCGCCAUCCAAUAUAGGCCCACCUUGAAGAACGACAUUAACUCAUUGACAAACUCAAACAUUGCCCUUGUAUCUUCUCGUCAUCUAGCUGGCAUCCCGCAGGUCAGCCUUUUCGGCAGUGGCCUUGGCAUUGACUACAGUCCACCUGGGUCUGACGACGAUCACGAAGACGAGGUAGAGCUUGGCGACGGCCCGAGUUUGUUAUCCCGCACCAGCCGGCUGUCCCUCAUGACGGCCGCGAGACGACGGCUGGCGCGCAAAGGCGCCCUCAUGGCCCCUGCACCCGCCCACUCGGUAAGCAUCGUCGACAGCAUCCUCAGCAGCCAGGAGAUUUGGCACUCGAAGAAGUCCAAGGUCACUCUUAAAUCCGACGGCUCCCUGCACAUUGACAAACCCAAACGAACCGACGACAACAACAACAAAAACGCCAACAAAAGUCCCCUCGGGUCGAAACACGACAACGACAGGUCCCCCCUACGUAGUGCCAAUAGACCCCUAGAUCUGAACAACGUCGAUCCCAACAGUAUGAGGCAACAGGCCCCGAUGUACAAUAGUUCGCGCGGCGGCGGGGGUAGUGGUGGCGGAGCCAACCGAGGGGCCGGCAAUCAGAGUAGCGGCAACUACAACUCCUCUCGUCACAGCUACGGUGGUAGCGGUAACAACUACAGUGGCGGAGGAGGAGGUGGUGGUGGUGACCGUCACAGUUACGGCGGUUCGAGCAACGUUCCCCAGGAUUACUCGACCGGCGGGCCGAACUACAGCUACGACCAUCGAAACAUGCCCCAGCAAUUGCCACAACAGCAGCAGCAGCAGCAACAACAACAACAACAACAACAACAACAGUCGCCCUACCGUUCGCGCAAUCCUCCGCCGAAUUUUCGCAACAACCGCUUCCCACCUGGCCCACCGCCGCCACAUAACCAGUUUAUGAGCCAGCCGCCCGGUCCGGUGGGCACCCACGAGUUCCGACCACCCGGUGCUCACUUCCAAGACCAAUUCCAGCGUCCAGGGCCCGGCAGGAUGUCCGGCAAUUUUGCUGGCCUCCUGCCCCCGCCUGCGCCACCUUUGGCUCUCAGAAUGACCGCGCCCUUCGCCCAAAAUAGCGAGCCCAGGCGCAUGGACAACGACUCCAGUGGCGCCAUCAACUGGAGCAGCAACAGAGACACACGCACCGCCAGCAGCGAGGAGGAGAGCGGGUUUCCAGGUCGCGAGGCUGCCAAGCAAAAUGCACGAAACGAGGAUGAGAGCCUGGCACCGCCACCCGAGCCUCCUAGUGGUAUGAUGGACUACGAGGACAGCGAGAGGGGUGGGGACAGUGAUCGCGAGGACCUCGUCAUCGACGACAAUCCCAAAGAGGAGACCCCUCGAGCGAAACCCACCGCACCUCCUGGUGGUAGAUCGGGCCCACAGGCUGAACAGUACGAUCCGUUCGCCGAUGCCGAUGACGACAGCGAUAGCGACGGCGACGACACCCACCACUCGCACAACAAGUUCAAAGCCCAGCGGCAGGAGCAAGACGCGGGUGGCUCCCAGCUUCAGCCCCUGAAGCCGCCGCCCGGACUGUCUUGCUUCCCGGGACUGAAGGCGGACGACAACGAGUCGAUUAUGGGCGACAACAUGUCCAUCAUGGGAGACAACAUGUCGGUCAUGGGAGACAACAUGUCACAGAUGGGGGACAACAUGUCCCAAAUGGGCGACGAUGAUUUCCCGAGCUCGAGGGACAUCGAGAAGAGCAGCGGCCCGGCCGAGAGCGGCAAGGGCAAAUCGUCGUCCCAGAGGCCCCUCGAGCCUCCGCCCUCGAUUUUCGGCUUCCCCGGGUUCAACAUGGAAUCCGACAUGAUGUCCGAGGACGGCCGGAGGGACGAAGACGACGAGGACGACGAGGAGGACGAGGAGAAAGAGCGCCGGGGAAAAGAAAGGGACAAAAAGAAAGAGAAGAAUAAACAGAUGAAGGAAGAGGAGAACAAGGCCAAGAGCAAGGUAGUUGUGCCGAGGAUAAGAUUGACGGCCUACGACGAUGACGACGAUGAAGACGACGACGACGACGAUUGUCCCAACUUCUCGAUUUACUCCUCGGAAACGAUAGACGUGGCCAGGCACACCGAGCAAGAAAUGUCCUCGCAAAUGCAGCCCCCGGACACGGUUGGCAAGCCAAAACCGCCGUCGUCCUCUUCCUCGAGGGUCGUCCAGCCACUGGAGCCUCCACCCAUGCCCCCGAUGGACGAUUUGGAGAGCACUCCAGGCUCGCCGCCGCCCUUGGCUCCCCCACCUUUGCCACUGGACAUGUUCGAGGACGACGCGCGAAGCAAAGCCGGCAGCCCGGAGCCGCUCCAACCGCCACCCAUGCCCCUCAUAGACGACCUCGAGAGCGCGGCUGGCUCACCGCCGCCCCUCGAGCCACCGCCCAUGCCCCUCAUUGACGACCUCGAGAGCGCCGCUGGUUCUCCACCCCCGCUCCAACCACCGCCCAUGCCACCCAUGGACGACCUCGAGAGCGCGGCUGGCUCGCCACCGCCCCUCGAGCCGCCACCCAUGCCACCGGUGGACGAUCUCGAAAGCACGGCCGGCUCCCCGCCGCCCCUCGAGCCGCCACCCAUGCCCCCGAGACUCGACACUCCCGGCUUGGUCGAGACACCCCAAUUGACUCGUCCACCGCCCAUCAUUCACUCGGUAUCUAUGCCACCACCCUCCAUGCCACCACCCUCCAUGCAGAUGCCACCGCCCUCCAUGCAGAUGAUGCACCAGCCGAUGAUGCACCAACAACACCAGCAAAUGAUGAUGCCACUAGUCCCCACGAUCAUGCAGCCCAUGAUGCAGCAGCAGCAGCCCCCACACCCGAUGCAACCGCCGACCCUCAUGCAGCCCCCACCCCCGCGGGAGCCUCCGCCCCCACUGGUGGUCCAGCCGGAUAUUUCGAAGCCCCUGGAGCCGCCGCCGUUGCCGCCGAUCGAUGAGCUGCAGCUCGAGGCCGAGGAGAGCUCGGAGGUGCCGCUCGAGCCGCCCCCCCUGCCACCGAGCAUACUGGGCGACGACGAGGACAGAGCCCUGCCAUCGUCCAGCGACGAGGACGAGGACGACGACUCGGAGGACACGGAAGGUGAGCACGCCGAGGGCGAGGACGAGGCCGAGGAGGAAGAGACCCCGGUCAUCGGGCCGAAGAACAAGGGCACCAGGAAACGCUCGCGGUCGACGUCGCUGAAGGAAACAGCCGAGGCCAAGAAGAAAACGGGCGACGAGCCGCAGUCGAAGGAGGCAGAGCAACAACAGCAGGAAGAGGAGGCAGCGGUGGGCGAGGUGCAGCCUGGCGAUCUUACCGAGGCCGAGUCGUCGCAGUAUCUCGACGCGGUGCAAAAGGAACGCCAGAGCUUGAACAAGACCGCGGGUAAGAUACAGUUGGACAGUAGGGGCAAGAUCACCUUUAAGAUCGGGAACCUCAGUAGGCUGAACAAGGUCAGUUUGUACGACGACAUGGACGAGGGGGAGAUAUCGCGCAUGACCCUGGAUUUGGAGAAAGAGCGCGAGGAGAAGGAAAAGGAGCGGGAGAAGGAGGAGCGGGAGAACAAGGAGAAGAGCCGGGACAAGGAAAAGGAACGGGACAGGGAUAAGGACAAGGAAAAAGAUAGAGACAGGGAAAAGGAGAAGGAUAAGCACCGGGACAAGGACAAGGACAAGGAGAAGGAUAAGCGAAAGGAGAGCUCGAGCAAGUCGAGCAAGUACAGCGAGAAGGACAAGAAGAGCAGCAAGUACGAGGAGAAAAAGUCGAGCAAGUCGAGCAAGAGUUCAAAGUACGAGGAGAAGAAGGAGUCGAAGGGUAGCAAGCACAAAAGCUCGCGCCACCACGACAAGCCGCGUUCGGGCUGGGACAUCAAGCCGGCGGGCAUGGCCAGUUCCGAAGACUCGGACAUCGAGACGAUCGAGGUGAGGAAGGAGAGUCCCAUCAACCUGCUCGAGAGCAGUCCCGAGCACGAGGGUAGGAAGGACGGGGGCGAGGCUAAGGAGGCCAAGGCCGCAAAGCAGAUCAACAUCGACCUCGACGAGAUCCAACAGACCCUCGGCCAGAAGCUCAACGAGAUCGAUCCCGACGAGAUGGACGUGCCCACGGCCUCGGAGAUUGCCGAGAAGCACAUCGAGGAGACCGACUUCGACAUACCACCCGGCACGGCCAGCGACGCCGAGGAGGAGGAGAACGAACUCGCCAGUCGCUCCGAGAAGGUCGAUAUCACCGUGGCCACGGCUAUGCCGGCCUUGAACCUCGUCGAGAGCGUAAACAGUCUGUUCGAGGAAAUAGAAAAGUCGUGCGAGGCCGAGCUCAUCAAGGACAUUAUCGGCCCCCUCGAGGCCUCGGAGUCGGACGAGCACACUGCGCUCGAGAAGGAAAGCCUGCUCCCCGAGAGGGAGGACGAAGGCACGGACAGAGAUGACGACAGGGAAGACGAAGACGACGAGGAUGUUGUUGCCGCUGCGUUGGAGGAGCGAGCGAGCAGGAAACAACUGGAUGAAGUCGAGCACGAGAAACACGCGGACGACACGAGUGUCAAGUCGAUGGACAUGUCGGACGCCGAGUCCCAGGACAAGAAUUACUUUGUUGAUAUGGAGAAGGACGAGGUACCGGGUAAACUCGGCGACGAUUCUUUGCUCGACACGUCGAAAGAAACCGUCGACGAGGUGCGCGGCGGAGAACAAGAGGACGACGAGAAGGAGGAGGAGGAAGGGGCAGCGAUGGCAGCAGAAAUGAAGGAGCUGGAAGAGGCGGCAGACGAGUCGGAGCCCGAAAAAGAGCCGGAGAAACCAGUCGAGGUCCGAGAGGAGGAGGAGGAUGAGGAGGAGGAGGACCACGUGCAGCUGACGGUCGAAGCGGCCGACAAGUCCGAGAUCAUCGACCUGGACAGCGUGGACUUUGCGGAGAAGGCGGCUGCCAACUUCCUGAGCAGCCUCGACCAGGAGGGCUUCCAGCUCGAAGCGUCGCCAAAGGAGUCCCACGCGUCACCCACACCACCAAGGCCCAAGCGCCCCAAGCGGCCCAACACGGCAGACUGGGAGUCGGACGUCGAAUUCGUCCCGAUGAGAAAACGCGGGCGCAGCAAGUCGGCGGCUCGCUCGACCUCGGGACUGCUCGACAGCGGUCUGGAACCCAUCACCCCGGCCAGGGACAGGAUUAGCGACGGCCUCGACGGUAUAAGGACCCCGGCUGCUUACGCCGGUCUGGGCACCGAGGCCAUCUCCGAGACGGACGAGGCCAUGAACUUCGAGGACGAGCUGGCUCUGUUGAACAUGCGCCACCGGGACAAGGACGUCGAAGAGGGCGAGAUACCCGACGACCGCGACAGGCUAUCCAGAAGACAACAACACGAGAUCCAGCUCCAACAGCAAGCCCUCACCGCCAUUAAGGCCAAGGAGCUUCUGUUGCUUCAGCAACAGCAGCAGGAGGAAGAGACGAAACGCAAGCGCAAAAAGGACAAGCGCGACAAGAGCCUCGCGAGCAGCAAGGAAGUCGAGCGCAACAAGGAGAACAUCCUGGACAACAACCUGGUGACCGUGUGGAAGAAACAACAGAGGGCGUCCUCGCGGGAGCGCCAGUACCGCGAGAAGCGCUCCAAGUCCAAGGACCCGUCCAAGUCGAAGAAGAAGAAGGACUCGGCGGCCAAGAAGAAGGAGAAGCGCAAGGAGCUGCCGCGCUACGACGUCCGCAAACUCGUCACCGAAAAGCCCCGCCCGCGCAAGGACGAGUACGGCCGGGACAUCCGCGACAGCUCGGCCAGUCGCUCGCUCAGUUUGUCCCGCGAGCGCUCGCUGUCCUACACUCGCAGACAGAGCCGCUCCUACAGCCCACCGCCGACCACCCGAACCAGGGUGACCCGGGUCCAGGUAUCGCGCAGCAGGUCGAGGUCUUGGUCCCCGCGACGGAGGUCGCGAAGCUACUCGCCACCACCGACGACGCGCAGACGUUCGGUAUCACCGCGCGCUCAGAGACGCGCCAAGCAGAGGAAGCGCUCAACGUCGCGCGGCCGCGGCAGGAGCAGGAGCCGCAGCAGAUCGCCCCGUGGCAGGCGGGUCAGCGUCAGCCCGAGAGCCCAGCGGAAGAGCCGCAGGUCCGCGUCGAAGAAACGCCCGGCGAGGUCGCGCUCCAGGUCCCGCUCGAGCUCGCACUCGCGCUCCCGCAGGAAGGAGAAGAAGAAGCAGCAGCACGCGGAGCGUUCGCGAUCCCGGGCCCGGGCGCGUAGCAAGCGCUCCCGCUCCAAGAGCCAAAAGAAACGCGAGAAGAAGCACUCCAAGCGCUCAAAGGGCGCCUCGCGGUCCAGAUCGCGCUCCAGGAGUCGCUCGCUCGAGGCGCGCCGCGAACACUGGGAACACCACCACCAUCAUCAACAGCUAGUCGCGGCUGACAAAGCCCUGGCUGCCGAGAGAGCCUACGCCAGAGAAGCCGCGGCGGCCGCUGCAGCUGGACCGACCUGGGUUGGUGGUGCCGGUGUCGGCGGGAGUGUUGGACACUGGCCCCAGACGUGGUCACGCUCGCGCUCCAAGACGCCACCCUCGUUGCUGAGACCCGAGGCUCUGGUCGGGCACCAGUGGGCCUCGCCCAAUACCCAGCUGAGUUUGUUGAACAGCGUCAACGUGCCUCCAAAGAACCUCAAGGUGAUACUGACGAACAAGGAGGCAAUCAAGAAAAAGAAGAAGCAAGAGAAGCGAGAAAAGGCGGCGCGCAAGGCCAAGGAGGCCGAGAAGAAGCGCAAGGGCAAGAAGGGCAGAAGUCCGCCACCCUCAAAGGAGGUCUUUGCCAGCGGUGACAAUAUACUCGUGAGCGUGUGCUUCAACAAGGAGAACGAGGCCCAGGCGCCGAGUACUGGAUUACCGGAACUACCCGAGACGAUACCCCUGUUACCACCGGUCAAGCGUAGACGGCGCGAGCCCUUGCAGCUGGAUCCGUCGCAGCAGGUGCAGUUGCCAUCGGCGAAGAAGUCGAGGAAGGACAGGACCAAGGACAAAGCCAAAACCCCGCCACCGAUCAAAGUCACGAAGAAGAAGGAGAAGAAAAAGUCCAAGGCGGCGGAAAUUGCGGCCUCGAAGAAGCCCAUGGCGGUCAUCGAUCUCGACCAGUCGCCCUUCCGCGAGCAGACGCCCUCGCCCCGCGACAUUAUCGUCCUCAGCGACGACGAAGACAAGCAGACUGCCGCGGUGGCUGCGGCGGCUGCUACUAAUGCUGCCGCUACUGCUGCUGCUGCUGCCGCUUCCGCGGCGGCGGUAGCUGCAGCUGAUGCCGAGGAGCAACAGGAAAUGGGCACACCCGAGGGAGAAGCUCCAGAGUCGUUGACGCCAGCCAGGCCGGAUCCGACGUUCCAGCAGGGCCCGAAGACGCCGCCGGAGCCGCAGGUCAAGUUUUCAUUAACCAACAAGUCGAGCAAUCUCAGGCCCGCGAUAAUAAAUCCCCUAAUGGAGGAGGACGACGAGGAGGCCGAGGAAGAAACGGAGGAGCAGGCGCUCAGAAUGGCCGAGGAGCGCGAGCAAGAGAUCGCCGAGAUGGAGGAGUUGAUGGACGAGAGGGUAGAGGAGGAGCUUGGGCUACGUGCCCAAGAGGAGCUCGAGGCUGCGAGGAUCAAGGUGGGCCCGAACACGCCGCCCGAGCCGCCGAGUUCGCCACCGGAUUCGCCGGAUGCCUACGAUCCCUUCGACCCGACCAAGUCGAGGUCUCCCACUCCGGAACCCAACAGUCAAGAGGACAACAACGCGGACGAGAGCCUGAUGAUGCCGACGGGCGCCGAGUCGCCACCCGAGCCCAACGACUCCGAGUCUCAGGCCAACGUGUCGGCCGAGUUGCAGGCCGAGCCCGAGCAGCCGCCGCCCAAACCGGCCUCCGACAAGCCCAAGAUCAUCUCCAUGGUCACGAUAAAAAGGCCCUCGCCGAGGUCCGGUACCCCACCGCUGGCUGAUUUGGCCGAGGCCAAUGGCAGCACGUCGCCCACGGUGCCGCCUCCGAGCGCCAUACAAACCACCACUCAGUCCCAGACGCUACAAACGCAGUCCCAGACGGUCACGCAGGUCAAUGCCUUCCCCGCCAUCAAUCCCGUCCUGGCCACCGUUGCGGCUGCCGUGCAGAGGAGCAACCUCUUCAGCGCCGCCUCGCAGCUCGUCGGGCCCAGGACCAUUUUGCAACAGCAACCUAGGCCAACACUGCCCAACAUCUUUGGGAACUCGUUAGGAGCGACGGCGAAGCCAGCCGCCCUUACCCGCAUAGCCAAGCUGUCCAAGCUGAACAUCUCGUUGCUGGGCCAAAACGGCAGCGACGCCAACAUUGACGUGAGCAACGACAACAACGUCGACAACUCGUCACCGUAUUCGCCCACCUCGAGCUUGAGCGACGGUCUGUUCGACCCCCCGAGUCCGGCUUUUAACAGUUCGCCCAACCUAGCGUUAUCGAACAAGAUACGCAAGACCCAGGAGAAGAAGGAUCCGUUCGAUUCGCUCUUCGAUGCUUCGCCCAUCGUUCACAAGUCUAUGAAGACCAGGAGCAGUACGGUCAAGAAGCCCACUGAAAAGAAGAAAAAGGGCACGCACUCGAAAAUCGGUGUCAGGAUGGACGAGAAUCAACUACAAAUAUUGGACGAUCUUCCAAGCUCCGCUGUCGAAAUGCAAGUCAAAGACAAGUUCUUGAAGAAGCUCAACCGUCAAGAGAGAGUUGUCGAGGAGGUUAAACUGGUGCUGAAGCCACACUACACAAAGAAACACGUCACGAAGGAGGAAUACAAGGACAUCAUGAGGAAGGCCGUUCCAAAGAUAUGUCAUAACAAGUCUGGUGAGAUAAACCCGAAGAAAAUUGCCACCCUCAUUGAAGCCUAUGUCAAGAGAGUUCGCUCCAAGAGAAAAACAGGUGGAAAUCCUCUGCUGUCGUUCAAGAAACCUGUGAAAAACUUGUGGAGUUGAUCACUCAGAGAGUAAGCCCAGCGUAUCGUUGAGUUAGACUCUACUGCCGCAUGUCUAUAGAUUAAUUAUUAGAUGUUGAUCGAUAAAGCCACGAGAGAUCUUGCCCGUGAUGUCGAGUGCGUACGUGCGUGGUAAGUGCAUUUUGUUCGUUCUUUUUAUGAUGGUACGAACGAAAAUGAUUGAAAAGCAAGAAUUAGUUGAAGGAAUCUGUGCGAUAUCAAAAUAAUGAAACAUCGAGUGAACAAUGUGUAUUGUAUGUAUAUACUUGAAAAGAAAAAAAAAAAAAAAAAACAUAUUUGAAUAUAAGCGCAAUAUUUUUAUUUAAUCUCAAGUGUUAGAUUACUUGUGACUAUUUAAAGAAAAUUAAGUAAUUCACAAUUCAUUUAAAUUGAAAACGGUGAAAUUGUUUAUUUCAUGAUUAAUUUUUUUUUUUUUUUUUUUUUUUGUUAGAAACAUUUUGUUAGAUGUAGGCGAGAUUAUGUAAUAUAAAUCAUUAAGUUUAAGGAGAAAGAUGAUGAAUACAAAAUUGAUUACUAUACAUGGAAAUAAUGUAUGAACUGUUUUAUAAAAGCAAUCUUUUUUUUUAUUCGAAUGUUUUAAAGUUUGAUUGCAACGUAAAUAUAUUAUAGUAUGAAUUUUUUUGUAGUAAACGUAACUUAAUUGGAAUAUACAAAAAAAAGAAAAAAAAAAAAUUUGAAAAAACCUGGCAAAAUAUUUGCAUUCUAGUAUACAUAUAUGUGCGUAUAAAAAAUUUAGAAAUUUUUAUUAAUAGUACAUGAUAGUUUGGUCGUGAUUUUUCAAGCCGCAAGAAAAACCUGUUGUGUAAUUAGAUGAGACGAUCUAACAUCGCUAAGUUGAUGGUGAAGUGAUCACUAUUUUUUUCUGUUUUUAUACUGUGAAUGCGACAAAACUAUUGAUAAACAACGUUUAUCUGUGUAUAAGAAAAACCUUUGAAUAAAUUAAUUCAUAAACAUAA